AUCUGAGAGAUCAGCCCAAGACCUAGGGCAGGCACAUCAGUUGGAGCGCAAUUGCUGAUCUGAUCACAUCCAACGGACUGCUUGCAAAAAGAGAGAGGCUGAGAUUUAAGGAGAACAAAAUCCAUUCUUUCCCUGCGACCCGCUGCUCGAACGCAUUCUGUUUCACUUGGUUUUUCUUUCUCCUUUUUUCGCUUCGACUUUGCGUAAGAUUUGGUGUAGGAGAUGUCAUUUCCCCAGUUGGGCUACCCUCAGUAUUUAAACUCCACCCAGGCGGUGUACGGAGGAGAUCGGCCGGGGGUAUUGACUGCCUCUGCCCGGGGAGCAAGCUCUGAAAUCGCAGCAAAUCCGUCCGCCACAGCUGCCGCGGUUACAUCGGUGUUGGGCAUGUAUGCAAACCCGUACGCAGCCCACAACUACAGCGCCUUUCUACCUUACACCAGCGCGGACUUGGCUCUCUUCUCUCAGAUGGGUUCCCAAUAUGACCUUAAAGACAGCCCAGGCGUUCAUCCAGCUAGUUUUGCCGCCCAUACAUCUCCAGCUUUUUACCCGUACGGGCAGUUCCAAUACGGAGACCCUGCCAGACCUAAAAAUGCCACAAGGGAGAGCACCAGUACGCUGAAGGCCUGGCUUAACGAACACAGGAAGAACCCAUAUCCCACCAAAGGAGAGAAGAUCAUGUUGGCCAUCAUAACAAAGAUGACACUCACACAGGUCUCCACCUGGUUCGCAAAUGCCAGGAGGAGACUCAAGAAGGAGAACAAGGUGACUUGGGGAGCGAGGAGUAAGGAAGACGAAGAUGGCAAUAUAUUUGGAAGCGAUAAUGAGGGUGAUGCAGAGAAAAAUGAAGACGAAGAAGAAAUUGACUUGGAGAGCAUAGACAUUGACAAGAUCGAUGACAACGAUGGAGAUCAGAGCAACGAGGAUGACGAGGAGAAAUCAGAGAGCAGGGAUCGGGGAGAGCUGGACGAUAUGGAAAAAAGACGCACGCUGGCUAUUCAAGCACACGACGCUUUUGACAAAUCAAAAAACCUUAUUUCUAUUAGUAAAGAACCGUCUGAUAGCAACAACAACACAAGAGUACUUUCUCCUAGUGGGCAAGGUAGUUUUCAACUGCCAGUAAACAGUAAACCCAAAAUAUGGUCCUUAGCAGAGACUGCAACAAGUCCAGAUAGUUCUCAGAAACCUACGUCACCCUCCGCUAAUGUUAAUCACACUUCGCCCCAGAUCCAGCACCCGGCCUUUCUUCCAAGCCAUGGACUGUACACGUGCCAGAUUGGGAAGUUCCACAACUGGACAAAUGGCGCUUUCCUCGGCCAAAACUCCUUGUUGAACGUGAGGUCUUUUCUUGGAGUAAAUCAGCACCACCACAAUCACCACCUACAUGCACUUCAGCAGCCCACCUCGGUGGUUGUGUCGUCGGUAUCAGCACUCGGCAGUGAGAAAUCUUCAGAGGAACUAAGUCCAAAACAUAUAGAGCGAGAACACGUCCAAAGGACCGAAUCUCCGUCACAGCCAUUACAGUCAUCAUUUCGACCCGUUCAUGACAGUCCCAGGAAUCAGCAAGCAACGCAGCGAGUUCUUACGGCUCUGUCUUCGGCCUGAUCAAGACAUUUUAUCUGGGGGAAAAAGGGACUGGACGUAUUAAUAAAAAGGACACUUUGAAAAAUAACCUUCCUCACUGUAGCAUUCAGUCGAUUACUGAACAACUGACGUAAUUUGAUUAAAAAACUGUGGGUUGAUUUCCUUUAUUGUUGUACAUUAUCACAGACUCUUGUUUUGUUUUCCCCUGGGGCAUUUGGUAUUUCGUCUCUUUUGUGAUUGUGCUUUUCUUUCUGUAAAUUCAGUGAUUUAAAAUUGUAAAUAGAGCGUUGACGGAUUUUGUCUAAAUCAUAUAUUUUGUCUAAUAAACUAAAUGAAAUUAUA